ACGUUUUCUAUCUUAAAUUUGUUAAAACAAGUGCCCGGUGCUGUUCCAGAUUAUUUUCAGUGAUUUCAAACAGGGAAGGCGUUCUAAUAUCGAUAUGAAGAUUACAUCAGCAGGAGGGGUGAUCUCUCUUCUGGACGAGCCAGACUUUCAGCUCCAGUCCUUUGCAUUGGAGAGGCUGAACCAACUUGUGGAUGACUUCUGGGCAGAGAUCGCAGACACAGUUGAAAAGAUUGAGAUGCUGUAUGAAGAUGAGUCUUUUCCAGAGAGGGGACUGGCAGCUCUUGUUGCAUCAAAGGUCUAUUAUCAUCUUGGUGCCUUCGAGGAGUCCCUGACAUAUGCUCUAGGAGCGGGAAAUCUCUUUAAUGUCAACGCAACGGCUGAGUACGAAGAGACAACCAUCUCUAAGUGCAUUGACUUCUAUACCAAGCUGCGUGUGCACAACCACGAUCACCCAGAUGAACCAAAGGCUAUCGAUUCUCGCCUGGAAGAGAUAGUUAAUAGGAUGUUCCAGCGUUGCUUCGAGCAGCGUCUCUACAAACAAGCCAUCGGUAUUGCUCUGGAAACCAGGAGGAUUGAUGUCUUUGAGAAGGCUAUCCUUAGUUCAGAUGAUGUGAAGGGAAUGUUGAAGUACAGUGUGAACAUCGUCAUGUCACUACUCCAAGAGAAAACAUUCCGAAGCACAAUCUUGCGCAUGCUGGUUCGUCUGUACCUCAACUUGGCAACCCCAGACUUCAUUAACGUCUGUCAGUGUCUCAUCUUCUUAGACGAUCCUCCUGCCGUUGCUGAUAUCCUUGACAAGCUCAUCUUGGAAGGAGGGGACCAACCUCUAAUGGCGUUCCAGAUUGGAUUUGACCUGUACGAGAGUGCUACACAACACUUCCUUUCCCGCGUCCAAGCUUCACUCAAGACUGUGGGCACACCCAGUACAGAUAGCACCCCAGCUCCUGCAACCACACCAGCAGAAGGAGAGAAGAAGGAAGGUGAAGCCAUGGAAACAGAUGUUGACAAAGCAGAGAAGAUCGAAGCCCUUUCAUCUCAAGCUCCUGUACCUGAUGAACAGUUAUCCCCAGAGGAGAAGGAGCACAGAGAUCAACUGAACAAGCUGACUCAGAUUCUUAGCGGUAACCUCACCAUAGCCCUUCAUCUACAGUUCUUGAUACGAAGCAACAAGACCGAUAUGCUUAUCCUCAAAAACACCAAGGAAUCUGUGAGGAAUUCAGUGUGUCACAAUGCAACAGUCAUCGCUAACUCUUUCAUGCAUUGUGGUACAACAAGUGAUGCUUUCCUCAGAGACAACCUUGAAUGGCUUGCUAGAGCCACCAACUGGGCCAAGUUCACUGCCACAGCCAGUCUAGGGGUCAUCCAUAGAGGUCAUGAGAAGGAGGCCCUCAACCUGAUGUCGACGUACCUCCCUAAAGAUUCGACGGGCGGGAGCACGUACCAGGAUGGGGGCGGUCUCUAUGCCCUUGGUCUGAUUCAUGCCAAUCACGGAGGAAAUAUCAUUGAGUACUUGCUCGGUCAGUUGAAAGAGGCUACGUCAGAGAUGGUGCGGCAUGGAGGUUGUUUAGGUCUAGGUCUUGCUGCCAUGGGAACAGCAAGACAAGAUGUGUAUGAACAGCUCAAGUGCAAUCUCUAUGAAGACGAUGCAGUCACAGGUGAGGCUGCUGGUCUAGGCAUGGGUCUAGUCAUGGUCGGUACCAAGUCAGCUCAAGCCAUUGAGGACAUGGUCAGCUAUGCUCAAGACACACAGCACGAGAAGAUCCUGCGUGGCCUUUGUCUUGGAAUUGCUCUGACUAUGUACGGUCGCCUUGAAGAGGCCGAUACUCUGAUCGAGAGUCUGAGCCGAGACAAGGACCCCAUCUUAAGACGGUCCGGGAUGUACACCGUUGCCCUUGCCUAUUGCGGCACCGGCAACAACAAGGCCAUCAGGAAGCUUCUCCACUUCGCGGUCAGCGAUGUCGAUGAUGAUGUCCGCAGGGCCGCCGUCACCUCCCUCGGUUUCUUACUCUUCAGGUGAGUGGGUGUUGGCGUU